AAAAAAAAAAAAAAAAAUCCUACAGCCCACGCUGUCCACCCUUUCAAACCCGAUUUAUCAUGUCAUCAAAACUUUAAAAGGGGAGAAAGAGGUGAAAGGUCAACAUAGCAGUCAAAGGAGAGAAGUCGAUGACAAGAAUCGAAUAUCACAAUCACAAGUUUCAACCACAAAUCAGCACGUUGAUGACACAUUUCGCCAUCACUAUUUGUAUCAACAAAGGCGCUCGUUUUCCUCCAUAUCAUUCUUCGAUUCCUAUUCCACAGGAAUCGAUCAGAUCCUUCGCUAUCUGCUUGUGGUAAUUUAUUCUAAACCCUCCAAUUCUAUCGAUUUCUUUACUCUUUCUAAACCUUACCCAUAUCAGAUUUCUUAGUUAAUCUCGACUUGUGUUAAUUCUUACCAUUUCUAAACCUCACGAACAUAUGAAAUUAAGAUUUCUUAAUUUCUUACCAUAUAUAUUUUGAAAAAUGGAUUCGACUUCAAGUUUGUAUCCAUUGCAUCGAUCCAAGACUCUUCACCUGGUUAGGCAUGCACAAGGAGUUCACAAUGUAAUAGGAGACAAAGAUUACAAAGCCUACAUGUCUCAUGAGUAUUUUGAUGCUGAGUUAACUCGAUUAGGCUGGCAACAGGUUGAAAAUUUGCGAAAACAUGUUCAUGAAUGUGGGCUUGCUAAUAAGAUUGAAGUAGUUAUUACAUCUCCUUUGUUGAGGACUAUGCAAACAGCAGUUGGAGUAUUUGGUGGAGAAGGUUACACAGAUAAAGUGGAUUCAAUGCCAUUGAUGUUGGCAAAUGUUGGAAAUAGUGGUCGAUCUGCAAUUUCAAGCCUAAAUUGUCCUCCUAUUCUUGCAGUUGAACUUUGUCGUGAACAUUUGGGUGUCCAUCCUUGUGAUCGUAGGAGAAGUGUCAGUGAAUACCAAUGCCUAUUUCCCGCUGUCGAUUUUUCAUUGAUAGAAAGUGAUGAGGAUGUGUUAUGGAAGGCUGAUGAAAGGGAAACAAAAGAAGAGCUUGCAAACAGGGGGAAACAUUUCUUUAAUUGGCUAUGGACACGUGAAGAAAAGGAAAUAGCUAUUGUAACUCACAGUGGAUUCUUGUUUCAUACACUUGCUACAUUUGGUAAUGACUGUCAUCCAUUGGUAAAAAAAGAAAUUAAUAAACAUUUUGCAAACUGUGAGCUUCGUUCCAUGGUGAUUGUGGAUAAAAGCAUGUUAGGAUCAGAUCCUUCAACAACUGAUUAUCCAGGAAAGAUCCCUCCAGGCCCAGAUAUCCCAAGUGAUGUGGUUGAUAAAAAGCUUGCAAAUGAUGACACGGUUUCCGGGUCCAAUUAAUUAGUGACAAUUUACGUUUUCGCCCCUCCCCCAUACUAAAAAAAAAUCAUCAAUUCUAUUCUGUACAAUAUGAAUGAGAAGCUGAAACAUUAAUGCUACUGUUGAUGAUGCUUAAUGAUUUGUGAACUAAUAGCUAGUUUUUAUUCCAAUUUCUUAGAUAAGGUUCCAAUAUUAAUACAUCUAAUAUAAUUAAAAAUAUAGUUUUCUUUUAUAGAAUACAAACUAAAAACUCGGAUAAUCACAGAAAAAUGUCUUGAUGGAAUAUGGAUUUAGGGUUUCAGUGCUUGUUUAGAACAUUGAAAUAUGAUACUGGCUUCUUAGUUUCAAC